AUGGAUGUUGACACAAGAUCUGAUGCCACACGGCACACCGACUCUUCCGAUUUAAGAAAGAAGUAUAGUCUAAGGACCCAGGUUGGAAACUUGACUGGGUUGAUAAACUUGGGCAAAAGGCUCAAGACCAUAAAGAGAGAAACCUUUCAGAGAAGAUAUGGAAAUCUGUUGAAUUUAAUGGAAGUUGAAGUACAAAUACCCGCUAUCACAACCUUGGCACAAUAUUAUGAUUCUCCGCUUCGAUGUUUCACAUUUCAAGACUUUCAGUUGGCGCCAACUAUAGAGGAGUUCGAGCAUAUCUUGGGUUUGCCACUGGAGGGCACCACUCCCUAUCAACAUUUAGAGCAUCAUGCCUCUAUACCCACCAUUGCUGCCAUUAUGAAACUACAUCCCAAAGAGCAUGAAGACAGGAUGAUGAUGAGGAAUCAAUUGCAUGGGUUGUCACAGGGAUAUCUGGAGCAGUAUUUACAUCACCUGGCUGAUAAAGAGGAUUGGGAAACUUUCAUGGAUGUAUUAGCCCUCACCAUAUAUGGCAUUGUCUUGUUUCCCAAGAUAGAAGAAUUCGUGGAUUUCACCGCAAUAGACGUCUUCGUGGCAAGAAAAACAAGAUCAGAUAAUCCUGUAACGACAGUUCUUGCGGAUGUUUAUGGGACCUUGAGUUUUUGCCAGGAGAGAAAGGGAAAGAAAAUUCUUUGUUGUUUAGCGGCGUUGUAUACAUGGAUGACAGCGCACGUGUUUAAGGAGAUGGUCGACGUCAAGAGUCUGUCGGAGACUUUGUCACGCCAAGGGCUUAAAGAUAAGGGAGGAAACGAUUGGGCCCGAUUCUUUGCUGGCUUGAGUGAAAGAAGUAUAAAAUGGCGUCUUCCUUGGCUCGGAAAUAAACUGUCUAUACAACACUGUGGUAGCUUUCCUAAUGUGCCUCUCAUAGGUGCCCGAUACUGUAUCAAUUACAACCCCCUUUUAGUUCAAAGACAAUUCGGGCAUCCCAUGAGAGGGGCACCUUCACCAGAUUACCUUGCUACCCUAUUCAUUUAUUACGAAGACGGGCAUUUCAUCGAACUGUUAAGAAAGGUUAAAAGCGCCUGGGAAAAUGUUGUUCGAGCAGAGAAGGACUUGAGGAGUGGAGUGGUGGAUAGCAGGGUUAGUUAUCACACCUGGAUUCUGGACAGGGUGAAAGUAGCCAAGUUGCCUUUCAAGCCAAUCAAGGAUCAAUGA